AAAGAUAAGCAGGCAGAUGAAUCAGCUGAGAGAUUUUUUUCAUCAUCUGUUUUAAAAGGCUUUACAGAUUAUUCUGUGAAAAAUAAUGAUGACGAAAUGUAUGGUGACGCUUGUUACCAUUUUUUUUGUGGAAUUUUGUUCGAAUCAUGGAAAUCACAUAGCAUGGCCCAUAUAGAUCGUGUAGGAUUUGCUUGGGGCGCAUGCAUUUUUUUUGCAGGAGUACAACAUUUUUUAAAAGCAAAUCAAGCCACGUGUAAUGGAAAUAAAUUUGGAAUAUCUUGGCAAUCAUGCGAUGAUUUUAUCUAUCUGGGAUUAACCUUGAUAUUAUUAAUUCAACAAUGGCCAAAUUUUUAUUCAAAUUAUCCUUUAUGUCCGUGGAUGAUUUCUACUGCCUUUCUUGAGCAUAUAUUUGGCUGUGCACGACGGAUUAUUGAAGAUUUUACCGUACUAGAUUUCUUAUCAAUGAAUGAAAAAAUUUUAAAAAAUAUUAUGAUUGAAAUGAAAGGUUAG